AUGGGUUUUGGUCAUAGCAAACCUUCAGCCACGGGCCCAGAUGAGGUCCUUAAGCAGCGCCUUGUGCUUAAACCUGAAGACAUUCCAUCCCUUCCACUUGUGUCGCACUAUGUAUACGCCUUGUUUUCAUUACAAGUAUAUGGUCAUCCAAAUACUCCGCCACCCCCUGCCUCUUGGCAGGUCCUUCUGACAGCUACGGAUCUACAUUUGGAUAAGGAGGGUUAUUUUGCUGCAGCAUAUAUUAACGAAGGGUUACGUCACUGCAUUAUCGCCCAACGGGGCACAACCAAUGCGCUUAGCCUUCGAGCUGGUGUUUGGACAUACUUUGAUGAGCGGACUAUCCAAUUUAGUUUGGCGCGUCAGUUCUCAAAGCAAGUGCGUUUGCACCUAAGCGUUACACGAGGGGAGACGCCGGAGUGGUUUAUCAGCUACACUGGGCAUAGUUUUGGUGCUGUUCUUGCGGCGUGCCGUGCGGUCGAGGAGCAUACGCAUGCCGUCACUUUCGAGUCACCAGGGUGCAAGAAUUUCAUUGAAAAAACAAUGAGCCCCUUCAAGGCGGAGGAUGUAGAUAUUAUCACGUACCUACGCGCGCCUAAUCCUAUCAAUACCCUUCGCCCGCAGUGUGGUUACAUUGUACAAAUGCCUUUUGCAGCGGAGCAUAGUACCUCAUUACAGCCUCGUGUUGCGUCUUCCUCAAUGUUGCGACUUCCUUCUAUCCCUACACCUCAAGAGUUCAUACGUGGGCAGCUACCCCGUGUGGUGGGGAUUCCAGACCUCCAGCAAUAUGUUGGGAAGAUUGAGCCUCUCCUUCGUGAGAUGUUGGAACACACACAACAGGUGCAUGCCAUGCUUAGCAUUAUUAACCACUUCAAAGGAGAUAAUGAACCAUCGAAUGAAGAAGUUGUGCUACGCUGGCCGUCAAAUUUAAUGCAAUUUUUGGAAUACUAUAAUGCAAAAAAAGCUUUGGAGGAUCCUGCAAACCAACAGCUGAAUCUUACCGCGGCCUAUGAAUCAUUGAUUCGGGAUUUAUACGUCACAGCUGAACGACCCCGAAAUAGUUUGCCCCUUCGUUUCCUCAACAAGGAUUCGCUGAAGCUUCUAUGGUUAUGGUCCCAGGAUAAUGUUAUCAAUCGGACGAAGUUGCCACUCACGAUGAUGGAUCAGAAGGUGCUUAACACCACAACUGUUGAGGAUGGUUGUAUGUGCACCUCUGUGCUUACAGCCUUCCAAACAAAGCAGUAUCUUUCGCACCUUGUUUUUAGGCCAGAAAUACGCAAGAUUCUUGAUAAGCUAGAAUUUGACCCUCUGUUAGGUAACAGGAGUAAGCUGUGA